UAAGGCAUACCGGUAGUUCCUAGAUAAUUAGAAGACAACAACGCUGUCUACUGUGUUAAAAUCUCUAGUCUCAGUGUUUAUAUAAUCGUUAUCGUCACCAAAGCUUAUACUUUAUUCUGGGAAAUAUGUCUGUAACCCCAGAUUUGAUUCGUGAAAAACUGAGUGCGGAGAUUGGUGCGAUACACGUGGAUGUAGCAGACACGACUCCUAAUAGAUGUGCUGCCAGUUUUAAAGUUCUUGUAGUAUCUCCUCAGUUUGAGGGGAAACCAUUGUUGCAGAGACACAGGAUGGUGAAUAAUUGCCUUGCCGAGGAACUGAAAGAGAUCCAUGCGUUUGAGCAGAAAACAUUGACACCAGAGCAGUGGGAGAAACAGAAAGCACAGUGACACAUGCGCACACACGCACAAAAUGUGACUUUUUUUAUUUUUUUUAUUUGUUGAUAUUUCCAUCUUUCCUUCCAAAGUAUAAUAAUACCAAUGUAAUGAAAAU